AUGACACCACUACGAGUCUUUCCGUCAAAUCCGCUAUGUUAUUUAUCGUCAUGUCCCAAGGUUGCCGGGCAGAAGGCUCACUUCAGCAUGUCAGGUCGGAUGAACCUGCGUCAGCGACCACUUCGCCGACCUACAAGUCGUAUUUCCAACCAAGCACAGCAAGUCAGCCCUGCAACUUCACCAGUUGCAGUCACGCCGACCUUGAGUUCCAACGUGAAGGCUGAGGAACCCAGAAGCCAGCCGUCUGCUCAGGAGAUUAUCGUUCCAGGCUUUUCUCUCCAUGACAGUACCUCGAAACCCCGAAAGGCUAAACCGCGAGGACCAUUGCCUAAGGGAAUCAAGCCCCAUCAGCAGGUAUUGAUAGAGAGUGAGUCGAUCUGCUUCAAGCAGGGCUCAACUUCGCCAGUCGAUGUGCCGAAAGAAGACAAGCCUGCUCUGGCAGCAGCAGGAAAGUUCUUUGAAGAACGCUACCAGAUACUCUACUCUGCCGAAAACCUUCAUGACCACCCCCAAAACGACCACACCCCAGAAAUUGUUGUACUGGGUGCCUCCAAUGCAGGAAAAUCAUCUUUCCUCAAUGCUCUUCUUGGUGGUCGGGAAAUAGCCAAGGUGAGCCACAAACCAGGCAAGACUACGACGAUGAAUGCGUAUGGUGUUGGGCCACGUCCCAAGAUUGCCAAGGAGCUUAUUCGCAAGGGCGAUGCACCGCCAAAUCACAGCCUGGUGCUUAUGGACACGCCAGGCUACGGAUUUAAAAGUCAAGAGGCAUGGGGAAAGACUAUCCUGAAGUACCUCAACGUCAGGAACAUGCUUCGUGGCGCUGUGAUCUUGAUACCGGCCGACAAGAAGCUCAAGGAACCGGAUAGAUGGAUGCUCAGAACACUUGCUCAAUCUAACACUCGAACAUUGGUCGUCAUCACCAAAGCGGAUAAGCCUGGGAAGGAGUGGCAAGAUGCAUGUCACAGGCUUCAUACUCAGAUCGAAGCCAUCAUGCGCGGUUUAGAGGCCCAAUCAGCUGCCUCCUGGAGGGAAGGGUCUGGGCGUGUACUGGAUGUUUAUGCCACAGCCUCCAAAAUUGCGUCCGUAUCCCGCCGGCUUGGUGAUAGAGGUGGCAUUGGGGGCGUAAGACUUGCAAUACUGGAGAUGGCUGGCUUUUCUCUGGGAGACAAGAUAGAAAAGCAACCUGAGACUAAGGCUUAUACAGGGAAGCUCGUCUCUUUUGAUGAUAUCGUUUGGAAAUCAUGA